UUUCUCUCUUUACGCCGUUAAUCUUAGCUCCACCGCUAGUCGCCGCCGUCAAUGGCAGAUGCACACAGAAAUCGAUCCGGAGUUGUUAGCCGGCGGCAGCCGAGCCGGUUGCAAAGCCGCGCACCGUCGUCGUUACAGAUAAACCGCGCCGUGGAUUGGAACGUGGCGAUUCCCCUUCUGUCGCCACUGGCGUCGUCGCCGCCGCCACCGCCGCAGCAGCCGAGGGAGGAUCCACCGCAGCAGCAGCGCCGGCAGAUCUCGGAGCCGGAAAAAAUGGUUUUUAAGAAGUGGCAGGCGGCUCCGUUCUGUUACGAACCAUCUUCGGGCGUGCCACGCUUUUGUUAACAUGUGACGUACACAAAGAAGACAAAAAAUAUAAUAAAAAAUUAUAUCACAAAAAGAAAAGAAGAAUGAGUAGAGUGAU